CUCUCUACCUAACAUGAGCAUGAAAUUUAGUAUGCUUCUCAUUUAGACAACUUUCAAGGAUUCACCAGCCAAGGAUAGUUUAUCUUGGAAUUAAGAAUCGUCUGGUAAUGGAAUUUAAAGAAAAGUUAUAUAAGCGUUCUCGACAUUUGAAGAUACACUAGUUGUGUUUAAUUCCGCUAGCAUCCAAUAGUUCAUUAAGCUGAGUGUUGAAAGAAAAUAUAUAUUAGAUAUCAAAUUCUGGAUCGGUGUCAUUCGUGUUAAGGCUUUACUGUCUUGACUCAAUAGGAUUCAUAAUUUUCGCUGAAAUAUUAGGUGUUCACUAAAGAUCAAAUCAAAUGAGAUGGAAUCUUCAGGACAUAGCCCUGUGCUGAGUCCCUUUGAUUAUGCAGAAGAAGAACCAUUAGCGGAAGUUUCCUUGCGCAAACAAUCAGAGUCUUGGCGAUUGAUCAGUCCAAUUAGGGACAAUUUCUCGACAGCUAAUGAAAACUCAUCCGGUACUCAAUUAACGAAAUUCACUUGUUUACUUGUGAGACAUGCCGAAUCUGAGCACAAUGUUCGUGGGAUAAGGGCUGGAAGUAUUGACAGCGAAUUGACUAUUCACGGUUAUAACCAAGCAAAAAAGCUUGCAAAAUCUUUAAAGGAACAGAAUGUUCGUUGUAUAUAUUCAUCACCUCAAAUACGUGCUCAGAGGACAGCAAAGGAAAUUGCUAAAGUCAUGAAUUGCCCCAUUUUUACGUCCAGCUUGCUUCGUGAGAAAGAUUUAGGGUCAUUAGAAGGCACCUCCUUCAGAUAUACUGCCAAUUAUAGACCCCAUGAACCGCCUAUGAGAGUUCAGGGUUUGGAAAAUCGUGAUUCGUUACUACACAGAGCUCGCGAAUUUGCGGAAAGCUUGUUGAUGGAAGCAGAAGAUUCAGGAUUUGAUGCUUCAGAUGUAGUAGUCAUCGUUUCACAUGGUCUUUUUCUACCUUUUCUUUUACGAGCUAUCCUAGCAGCUGUUAGAACACCACUUCCUUCUAAAAUACUUCCUUGGAGCAAUGCUUCCUACACUUCCGUAGCUAUUGAUUUCGAGGGUAAUACAACUAUAGAGAUGAACUUAAAUUCGCAUCUUCGUGGUGUUCGAAGAGUAAGAAAUCUUGGCAGUACAACUUACGAUUCAAAGCAGAAGCCUAUUACUGAAUUUUGCAAGCGGGUAAAUUAAGUCAUUUUAUUAAAACAGUUUUACAAUGGCUUUCACAAUUACUAAGACUCAAAAAGAUUUAGGUUGAAAUAAAGUGUUCAAAACAUUAAUAGAUUAUUAAAACAAAAUCUUAAGCUAUAUUAAAUUUUAAGCUUUCUCCAUGAUUUAUUAGUUUUUGGCAUGUAUUUCAGAAAAUGCAAUCCUUUG